AUGGAUGAAAAUGGGUUUUGUUGGGAUUUGGGUGUUCAUGUUAUGGGAAUUAGUAAAUACAAAAAUUUUGUUGAAGCAAUGGAGGAAUGUGUGACGGAAUGGGAAAUUAUACCUCGAUGUGCUAUGGCAGAAAUGUCCCAUGUUAUGACAGAAAAUAAAGAAGAAAAUUUAAAUAAAAUUAAUUAUUAUAUUCCCUAUCCAGUUCAAAAUUCAAUUCCUUAUUUUCCUAAAAAUUUAAAAUUAAAAUGUUUGGAAGAAUUAAAUUUUAAAGAAAAAGAAGAAGGAAAUAAUUUUUUAACAACAAAAAUAACAGAAAAAGAAGAAAAUUUUGAUUCUUUUUCUCUUUCACUUUUUGGAGAAACUUUGCAGAAAAUAUUUGUUAGACCAUAUAAUGAAAAGGUCUGGACUGUCCCAAUUUCCCAAAUGGGAACUAGCUGGUUACAAGGACGUGUUCCUUUAAUUGAUUUAUCACAAUUAAAACGUCGUUGUUCACUUUCUCACCAAAAAUUGUUAAUUGAAGAUGAAAGCCGUCAAACAGCUUUUCGUUACCCUGCAAAUUGUAGAGGGAUUGGAGAAAUGUGGAAACGUUUUUCUGAAAGAUUUCCCCCAAAAAUAUUUAAUUUUGGACAAAAAGUUGUGGAAAUUAAUUCAAAAACAAAAAAUAUUUUUUGUUUAGACAAAAAUGGAAAUAAAAAGGUGAGGGAACUAGCAAUUAAAAAAUAA